GUUACCCUUUUUCACUGAGGCAUUCGGUCUAGCCGGAGCAACAGCUAUGGCAAUCAAUGGAUUCGAUGCCGUGUUCAGUUUGAUGGCUGCCGCUGCUGCAAACGAAUACACUAACCACACCGUUGGCGGUGAUGCCGGCUGGUUCUUCGAUCCCGUCACCGACACCUCUGUUAGUAAAUUACACUUCUUUGGCCGCAAAUCAAACCUUCAAUCUCGGAGGCUAUCUCAGUAAGGCUCAACACCAUUUCCUAUUUCAUAUCUCCUUUUGUUGAGAAUGUUCGGUUUUGGCGGUGAAUUUCAGAUCAAAUCAUCGUUUGAUCACAAUGGAACAGAGGAAAUUUUGCAGGAAAUAAUGGAAAUCUAAACUUGAAAUCUGAUUUUGUUGAAAUGAAUUAGAAUAAGUUCU